GUUAAUUAUCUUGCAGAGUCUGGGCUAUAAAAGGCUGAGGCCUGCAGCCCAGCACAAGUUUCAGCUCUCCACUCUCAUCAGAAGUUUAACUAAGAUUUACGAGCCAGCAGAAAGAAUCAUUGAUUGAGAUUUAGACACGGUUGCUAUCCUCCACCUGGACUCUCGAGGACGUGCCAGGCAUUGUUGUAACUUUAAAGUGAGCCAGAAGUCAGCCAGCCGUCUGAGCGCAAACAUUCCUGUGUACGCGGGUGGCAGGGGCCGGCAUUUGUGAGGGAACUGGGCCAGUGCCCCGAGACCCCGGGGCUGGAUAGGCAGCUGCUGUGGGGCUGAGAAUUAAAGGAAGAGGAAGAGGUGAUGACUUCUUGCUGUGUUGCUAAGCCUUUCCUAUGUGAUGCUCAUCUGCCAAAGAAAGCAACCAGGAUGUCUUACAGCCAUGUCGUGUGUGAAAAGAGGGGGCCAAGAAGUAGGACGUCAUGACAUGAACACCCUAAGCCUGCCCCUAAACAUCCGCAGAGGCGGGUCGGACACCAACCUCAACUUUGAUGUACCAGAUGGCAUCCUGGACUUCCACAAGGUCAAACUCAGUGCGGACAGCCUGAAACAGAAAAUCCUCAAGGUCACAGAGCAGAUAAAAAUCGAGCAAACGUCCCGUGACGGGAACGUGGCAGAGUAUCUGAAGCUGGUCGACAGCGCGGACAAGCAGCAGGCUGGCCGCAUCAAGCAGGUGUUCGAGAAGAAGAACCAGAAGUCGGCUCACUCCAUCGCCCAGCUGCAGAAGAAGUUGGAGCAGUACCACCGGAAGCUCCGGGAGCUCGAGCAGAACGGGGCCCUCCGGGGCGCCAAGGACACUGCCAAGGAUAACCUGAAGGACAUCCCGCCCUCUCUGAAGGAUGCCCAGGCCAAGUCCCGCACCGCCCCCCACAGCCUGGAGAGCAGCAAGUCGGGCAUGCCGGGGGUGUCCCUCACCCCGCCCGUGUUCGUCUUCAGCAAGUCCAGGGAGUUCGCCAACCUGAUCCGGAAUAAGUUCGGCAGCGCUGACAACAUUGCCCACCUGAAGAACUCCUUGGAGGAGUUCCGGCCCGAGGCCAGCGCCAGGGCCUACGGGGGCAGCGCCACCAUCGUGAACAAGCCCAAAUACGGCAGCGACGACGAGUGCUCGAGCGGCACGUCGGGCUCCGGCGACAGCAAUGGGAACCAGUCGUUCGCGGCCGGGGGCUCGGGCAGCCAGGGCAAGCUCACGGCCAUCCUGGAGGAGCUCCGGGAGAUCAAGGACACGCAGGCACAGCUGGCUGAGGACAUCGAGGCCCUCAAGGUGCAGUUCAAGAGGGAGUACGGCUUCAUCUCCCAGACGCUGCAGGAGGAGAGAUACAGGUACGAGCGACUGGAGGACCAGCUCCAUGACCUCACCGACCUGCAUCAGCACGAGACGGCCAACCUGAAGCAGCAGCUAGCCAGCAUCGAGGAGAAGGUGGCCUACCAGGCCUACGAGCGCUCGCGGGACAUCCAGGAAGCCCUGGAGUCCUGCCAGACUCGCAUCUCUAAGCUGGAGCUCCACCAGCAGGAGCAGCAAGCCCUGCAGACGGACACGGUGAACGCCAAAGUCCUGCUGGGCAAGUGCAUCAACGUCGUCCUGGCCUUCAUGACGGUCAUCCUGGUGUGCGUGUCCACCAUCGCCAAGUUCAUCUCGCCCAUGAUGAAGAGCCGCUUCCACAUCCUCGGCACCUUCUUCGCUGUGACUCUCUUUGCGAUAUUUUGUAAAAACUGGGACCACAUUCUGUGUGCUAUAGAAAGGAUAAUAAUACCAAGAUGAAGCCUCCAGUUCCUGUCUUCACAUCCUCUCAAGUUUUUAUUUUAAAGAAAACUCUGUUCAUACUACCAAAUUUUAAAAUGGACAUUUGUGCCGACAGAAAAAUACAGGACCGGGGCUGUGUGUUGUAGAUAACUACAGUUCUCGUCGCCCGGUGGCACUCGCCAGCUGGGUCCCUGUGCGUGGUUACCGUGAAUCUGUUUCCAGGCUCUCCCCACCUUGCUCACUGCCUUAAUCAGCCCUGGUUUCCUGCUGCCUGCCCAGCUCAUCUUGGUCAGCCUCUGGUUGUCAAGCACUUGGGGUAGUCAGUGACCCAGAAGAAGAGAGACUUUCCAUCUCUCUCAAGUCUGUCAAUCUUGAGCUUCACCAUUGCUAGGGCUACAUUUCCCCUCGAGUCCUGUAAGCCGUGAAGAUGCGGCAGGACUUGGGGAGGGGAAGAAGCUCAGACGGUGACCCUGGAGCCUGUGGGGCCUGUGAAAGCACAGUAGGUCCCGUGUAAUCUGUCCCACUGUCCACUGCUGACCGUCGGUCCGCUGUGUGCCCCGUGUCCACCCUGGCCAACUGUGUGUGACCCUCUGUCAUGGGGGAAUCUUACAGUUCACCUGUUAGUCCAUCGCAAGUCUAACCUAGGUGUUCCAUUGCUCUUUAAAUGGUAAGACAUGAGGAUUUAUGAACGGGUCUUGCCUUCAUACACCCAGGGAGCCAUAGUCCUGAUUCCACCCUCACUGACUGUCGAACGCACCACCUUCCAGGCAUAUAGAGAGGCUCCCCAAUCCCUCUUCAAACUGUGUCUUUAAUUGAGGUCUGGAAAGCACUGUAUUUGUGUUCCAGCAAAUUUUCACUGUGAUCAGCCCCUCUCAGGAUGUGUUUCGUUUUCUGUGAUUCAUUUUAUUCAGUCUGUGAGGGCUGGCAAUGUGUCAACGUGUACUCAGUAAAUAAAAAAGGCUGCUCACGUUUCGA